UUAUGGCAUCUUGUCCUAUACUUACAUUUGAAUUUUCUAAUCUCUACCUAAUGCAUUUUUAAUUAUGUCUUAGAAAGUGAGUGCAUUACUAUAUAUUACUUAUUAGUGAUAGUUUGUCCUUUCAGGUUGACAUUAAAAUCACAAUAUGCUUACUAUGUCAAUGGAAGACAUUCUUCUCCUACUUAGCAAAUACUAUGAUAUUCUUCUAGCUUCAAUACUUGUCAUAAGUAUUACUGCACUUUACUUGUCAAAGGGAGCUAAAAAUGCAAAAAAUUGCAUACCUGGGAGUUUGGGAAUACCUUUCGUGGGUGAAACCUUUGCACUUCUAUCAGCAACCAACAGUGUCAAAGGUUGUUAUGAAUUUGUUAGACUUCGACGCGAGCGGCAUGGGAAAUGGUUCAAAACCAGAAUUUUCGGGAAAAUACAUGUGUUUGUUCCAAGUGUUGAGGGUGCGAAAGCAAUUUUUACUAAUGAUUUUGCUCUAUUCAACAAGGGCUACGUCAAAUCGAUGGCAGAUGCUGUGGGAAAGAAAAGUUUGUUAUGUGUUCCUCAAGAGAGUCACAAAAGGAUUAGGCGCCUCCUAUCUGAUCCUUUCUCUAUGAAUUCACUGUCAAAAUUUGUACAGAGAUUUGAUGAAAUGCUAUAUGAAAGAUUGAAGAAAGUACAAAAGGAAAGGAAGAGUUUCACUGUGCUCGACUUCAACAUGAAGAUAACAUUUGAUGCGAUGUGCGAUAUGCUGAUGAGCAUCAAAGAUUCUUCUGUGCUAGCACAAAUUGAAAAAGACUGCACUGCAAUUUCUGAUGCCAUGCUGUCCUUUCCAGUCAUGAUUCCGGGCACCAGAUAUUUUAAAGGCAUCAAGGCACGUAGGAGGCUAAUGGAGACCUUUAAGGGAAUGAUAGCAGCUCGGCGCAAAGGGAAGGAAUAUUAUGAAGACUUCCUGCAGUCCAUGUUGGAGAAGGAUUCGUGUCCAGCCAAUCAAAAGCUUGAUGAUGAAGAGAUCAUGGAUAAUUUGUUAACGCUGAUAAUUGCAGGGCAGACAACAACUGCUGCUGCAAUGAUGUGGAGUGUCAAGUUUUUGGAUGAGCACAGAGAAGCCCAGAACAGGCUCAGAGAAGAACAACUCUCAAUACUCAGAAGCAAGCCUACUGGAGCCUUACUAACCAUGGAUGACCUCAACAGCAUGUCCUAUGCGUCAAAGGUUGUCAAAGAGACGUUGAGGAUGUCGAAUGUCUUGCUAUGGUUCCCUCGAGUUGCACUUAAUGACUGUAGUAUUGAAGGUUUUGAAAUAAAGAAAGGAUGGCAUGCGAACAUAGAUGCAACAUGCAUACACUACGAUCCAACAUUAUACAAAGACCCUAUGCAGUUCAAUCCUUCAAGAUUCGACGAAAUUCAAAAACCAUAUAGCUACAUUCCUUUUGGAUCAGGACCCCGAACUUGCUUGGGAAUUAACAUGGCAAAAGUCACCAUGUUGGUGUUUUUGCACAGAUUAACAACUGGAUACAAAUGGACAGUUGACGAUCCAGAUCGCAGCUUGGAAAGAAAAGCCCAUAUUCCCAGAUUAAGAAGUGGGUGUCCAAUAACUUUGACAGCCUUGCCGGAUGAAUAGCAAACUACUCCAAAUGGGCCAAUUAAGAAGUUACAAAAUUUUAUAAUGGGAAAUUGAUGUGAAUGGAUGAUGUAAUCCAACUUUUCCGUGCUUUUGCUAGCUGAUAAUUCAAAAGUAUGAAUAUGAAGAAGAAAAGAAAAGGUCUUCGUACGUA